AUGGGAUUCGACGCGCGCGCGUCGACGCGUGACGACGCGACGAGCGACGCGCGCGACGUCGAGCGAGUCGUGCGCAGGGUGAAUCGAAGGAUAUCGAGCGCGGUGGGGGCGUUCGGGAGCGACGCGACGGGGCCGAGGGACGUCGAGGGGGAGGGGGGACGACGGGGCGCGACGCGCGAGGCGACGCGCGACGCGGGCGCGGCGCGGUUGUUGGUGUGGUUUCACGGGUACGGCGACGUCGACGGGGGGGCGUGGCGAGAGUUUUGUGAGGUCGUGGCGAGGGCGCGCGGGAGCGCGAGCGGGCGGACGGCGAUCGCGACGCCGGACGCGAUGCGGAUGGACGCGGGGAACGGGCGGUUUCCGCGCGCGUGGUUCAAGCCGCGACUGCGCGUGCGAAGGAAAGACGAGCGCGAGUGGACGUGCGAUGGGAUCGAGGACGCGGUGGUGCGCGCGGUGACGAUCGUGGACGAUGCGGUGCGAAAGUACGGGAUUCAGCGCAAAGACGUCGUCUUGGGCGGGUUCUCGCAGGGGGCGUGCUUGGCGUUGGCGUGCGCGAAGAGCGAGUUGAGCGACGUCGGCGGCGUGCUCGCGGUGCGCGGGUACCUGCCGAAUCGCUCGAGAGAGUUCUCAGAACUGAAGCCCGACACUUUAAUACUAGCGGGUGGGGCCGAUCCUUUGGUGCCCGUGGAGUGGUCGUUGGAGGCGGGGCGGUUGACGGGGGGGAUGGUGACGCUGCGCGAAAACAUGGGGCACGAGUUGUGCGUCGAGGACGUCUAUCGCGCGCGACGGUGGUUCCACGAACGCGCGGUCGCGAACGGUAAUUGUAUCGCGAAUCACACCAGACUAGAGGCUUAG